AUGGACCUGUUGUCCGCCGCCUGCGAGAACUUCGGUCUGGUCAUUAACACGCAGAAGACGGUGGUGAUGCACCAACCACCACCUAACACCGCCACAGUCCCCAACGCGCCGACGCAAAUCAGCGUGAACGGACCCCAACUGCAAGUUGUGGAGAACUUCCCGUACCUGAGCAGUACUCUCUCCCGCAACACCAAGAUCGACGACGAAGUCGCCAACAGGAUCUCGAAAGCCAGUCAAGCCUUCGGCCGCCUCCAAAGCACAGUUUGGAAUCGCCACGGUCUUCAACUGAGCACGAAGAUAAAGAUGUACAAUGCCGUCAUCCUGCCGACACUAAUGUAUGAAGCGGAGACUUGGACGGUGUACGCAAAGCAGGCACGCCGUCCGAACCACUUCCACCUCAGUUGUCUUCGCCGCAUGCUGAGGCUGAACUGGCAGGAUCGCAUCCCCGACACCGAUGUACUGGAACGAACUGGAAUCCUGAGCAUCUACUCCAUACUAAUACAAAUGCAGCUGCGCUGGAGCGGCCACCUGGUGCGCAUGGACGACGAGCGACUACCCAAACGACUCUUCUACGGAGACGUCGCGACGGGUCCUCGCCGUCAAGGCGGCCAGAUUCACAGUUACAAGGAUACCAUGAAGUCCUCCCUGAAGCGUCUGCAAAUCAACCCGACCAACUGGGAGGAGCUCGCACUCGAUCGACCGACCUGGAGGAGGACAGUGAAGACAGACGCUGCGAUCUACGAAGCCAAUCGCAUCGCUGCCGCCAAAGCGAAACGCGAAGCCCGCAAAUCACAACUUCGCCCAGUACGCAACGCCGCCGCACAACCACUUACAACGUGUCCUCGAUGUCAACGGACAUUCCGGGUUCGAAUCGGACUUGUUGCACAUCUUCGGAUUAACUGGCUCGGACAGCGGCUGGGGUGUGGGAGUGGAAAGGGAGAGUGA